AUGGACGAUUUCAACAAGAUACGGACCAUUUGUUUCCUAAGGAAUACAUUAUGGUGCGAUCCUGACUUCCUUGCAGAAAUGUUGUCACUAUUUUAUGAUGAAGUUCCCAAUGUCCAAUUCGAGUGGAAGAGACCGGUUGUAAGUAUCAAAAACGGUACACAUGGUACACUUUCUUAUGGGAGAUAUGAUCCCGCCGGAUCAAGUGUCCCCUAA